AUGCCUUACAAACACCUAGAAGAAAAAGACCUCCAGAAACUGAAAUGCCAGGUGCAACAUUCCUGGGAUAAAAGGGCCCUGGAGAAACUGCUUAACCUAUCACACUCAAAUACUCUUUCAGAGUUACAGGAGUCUUGGGUGGAAUCAUUAAAGGCAGAAGGAGGCAGAACAGGCUCUGCAGGAACAAAGAGAAAUACUGUCAGAACGGAGGCAACAACAGGAAGAGGCAGUGAGGAAAAAGGAAGCAGAGCUGAGGCAAACAAUGGAGAUCCCCAAAGAGUUCAGCCAUCUCCCGAAAAGCCCCUAGGAGAAGUCAUGGAAGAUAUGCAGAGACAACUCAACCUCAUGCAAGGGGAAUUUUCUCACAGGAAAAAUCUUUCAGAUAGAGAAUUGGUGAGACAUGCAUCUGGAGGACUAGCCCUACAGGGAAUUUACAAAACCAGUGAUGAAAGGUGUCUUAUACAGAAGAAAGAAGAGCUACUCUGUGUCCCCAAGGAGUUUGUACUCCGUGGCCCUAAUCAGGGUACAUGGGUGGAAACAAAGGAAUUUACAUCUUCUCAAGAAGAAUCCAUGUUCACUCAGACUGUAGAGAAGCUGGGCUUCAGUGUAACUGCCUUAGCAAAGCGUGGAGGUUGGGGAAUGAGACUGGAAGCUGGUAUGGAUCAGAGCAUGCAUUCAGAAUCCAAGAAAAUACAACAGUCACAAUCUAAACACUCAUAUUUCUGCUCAACCAAGUUCAUCUGUAUCCAACUGGCCUCCUGCAUCUUUCCCAUUGACCAACUCCAACUAUCCAAUGCUGCUCUCCAGGGUUUAAAAUACAUUGAAGACCUUUUGAGUCAGUCAGAAGACCCAGACAAACUACUGUUGCUGAGGCAUAGGACUGAAGCCUUCUUCCAGAGGUUUGGCUCUCAUGCUAACCAGGGCCCUCUGCACCUGGGAGGAAUCUACUGGUGGAAAUCCAUUUCAGAGGGUUUCCAAAAAGAGCAGCUGGCAGAAGUGAAACAGCAAGCAGCAGAGGCCCUGGAUAUUUACAUAAGGGGCAGUUGCAGGGGUUUUGGAGUGAACACAGGUACAGAUUUGGAUGUGUCAGACUCUCAUUCGAAAAAAGCCUCUCAGAGAGCAACCUUCCAAAAUCUCCAAACCAAAGUCCAAUUUUCUGUGGCCCAAACAGGUGGCCCACCAGAAGCAAAUGACUUUUUGGACUGGAAAGCUGGUCUAGUUGCCAAUAAUCAAACCUGGUGUGUCAUUGACCGUGGACCUCAGCUGGUACCUGUUUGGGACAUUGUCCUCUCUAGCCACAGAAGUUAUUUUAGGGAUCCUCUUAAAGUAGCUAACUGCCUGAAAGACAACUAUACUAUUCUGACUGAACUCACCGCCCAGAUACAGGAGGGAGAAUUACUGAGUAUUGAGAGGGAGGCUAGGAUUUUCCUAGAGGAUGUGAAAUCCUGGAAAGUUUUUGAUCCUGAAGAACAACUUAGAAGGCUGAUAAAUUUCAUGCAAAGAUUGAGUCAAAAAACUGAAAGUUAUACCAUUUGGACUAAUAUAUGCCUCAAAGACUGGGGUCUGAAGAAUUUUCUGGUAAACAUUGUUAACUUUUGCAAAAAAUCUUCCAGUGAUGGAACUAAAUUUAUUAAAUCUCAGUUGAGCAGUCUUUUGGAUCCUCACAUCUAUACAGUAACAACCUUUCCUCAGGCUCAUUCCAUUAUGCAGUGGAUAUUUCAGUCAGAACCAAGGGAAGACAAUGUCCAUAUCACCCAAUUUUCUGAGUUAAUUGAAAUAUUUAAAAAAACACAGAAUGACCUUAGGGAAGUAAAGGCCAACUCCGAAUCCACAGAGUUGGUGGAGGAAGCUCAAAGAAAGCUGACUUAUGAGGUCAGCUUGUCUCUUCGCUCCUUCUUGAAAUACCUCCGAGAAACGGGGAAGCCAGACACCCACAUCUUGCUACUUUUGAUAGCAUCUGGUGCAGGAUAUCAUGUAGUUCACAAUAUAUUUCAGUAUCUCCUGGGGCAUGAUGAGUUAGACUUCCUAUUGGAUAAAAUGCAAAUUGCACAAAAUAAACACCAAGAGCUCAAAAAUAUUUGCAACUACAGGGCUCAGGCAUUCCUGGUGCUCACAGGUCUGACAACAGUGGGCAUCAAAGCUGUUUCUCCAGAGGAGAAAACACAAUGGUUGGCAUUGAUAAAACAUCACAUGGGACAAUCUUUGACUAAAGAAGUUGUAUAUGUCCUCACCAAACCUGAAGAUCAUGAUUGGGAAAACCUAGAAAAAGGCUUGAGACUGCUCAUUGAUGGGAAUUAUGAGGCUAUUGUCUCUUCAUUGCCAGUGGAGGAGGUGAGAAAACAACUGCAAAGUGUCUUCCAUGAAAAGAAAGAGCACAAUGAACCACAAGAUAAUGAAAAUAAAAAGGAGGAAGUCACAGAAAAUGGAGCCUUGCAAGACUUGCUUGAGCGUCUAGGCCUAGAACAUUACUACCCAAGAGAAAUGAGCAGAGCUAACAUCCAACUGAUCCAUAAGACUUCUGUGUACAACACCCAGCCCUGCUCUGAAAGAGAACUUCCCUUCUAUUUCGUACAGAAGUUAUUGAUGCUGGAUUAUGGGCUGAGAUACCUGAUCAUCAAACAUGAAGAAUACACAGAAAACCAAGUCUAUUCAGCACCUCAAAUCAAGAAAAGGAGGCUUUUGAUCCAUAUGAAGAUCUACUUGAAGAAAGUGUUAGUCCUACUAAGCCUUCAGCAGCCACUAAUGUCAGACCCUAUGUUCACCCUAUGGAUAUUCAGAUGGCAAUUCUUCACUGUGCAGAUGAUUUUGCCAGACAAUAUAUUUUGGACAAACUUUCCAUUUGUCAGUUUGCACUCCCCCUUCUCAUACCUAAUCCUUGCAAUGCUCAAAUUGAAUUCUCUCUCUGGUCUCUCAGUCAAAUUCGAAGGAGCUGGCAGCAAGCAGGGAAAUCAAUAA